GCUACAAGCCAGGGGCUCGUAGUGCGAUGCUGUGACGUCAUCGUGGCCAAUGUGUCAUUCGCUAUCCGGCUGCAGGAGGUUGGCCAGGCUCCCUUCGCUAAGAGACGGCGCGCAGGAAAGCAGUGAGAUCGAAACAUCCUGUAAAACAGGACUAACGUAAACAAAUGAAACAUACAGCAUUUUAGUAUUGUUUGUAGGUGAAAAUCCACAUAAUCAAGAUUUUGCUAUAGCUAGCUUGCAAACACUUCCUGAGAUCUGAGCGUAUUCAAAUUGUGGAGCGCGUCGACGUCGGCCUGGUCAACUUGGAUUGCUAGCAAUUAGUUUACACAGCUAGCUAGGCCUAACUUGAAGCUAUCCACCGCAGGAAAAGCAACAUCAGAAGGAAUGAGUGAUGACCUCUGUUGUGGUGGCAGAUGGUGGAGGGAAUAUGGUGGAGUACGUCACUGUCAUGGAAGAGACUGAGCAGAGUGAGGAGGGGGAGGUGGUGCAGGAGAUAGUGGAGACGGUAAUAGGGGAGGAUGGGGAGGAGUAUCCUGCUGUGGUUGUGGAGGAGGUGCCCAGUGCCCAGGUGGAGCAGUGCUACGCUGCCCAGGUGCUGGUCUACGACGACGGGACCUACCUGAUGCAGGACGUGGGAGACGAGCAGGAGGUGGUCACAGAGGUGGUAGAGACAGUAGAGGUGUCAUCACACGGGGGCAUGGUGUGCUUUGAUAAGACCUUCGAGGCGGCCGAGGCCCUUCUUCACAUGGACUCCCCCAGCAGUUUCCAUGGAGACCGCAACAACACAGUGGAGGACGUGAUGAUGGAGACUGUGGUGGAGGUGUCUACAGAGUGUGAGCCCAUAGAGGAGGACAGCUUCCCUAUUCCCCCUGACUACGAGCCUCCCUCUGCCAAGAAGAAGAAAGGGGGAAGGAAGUCGAAGACACAACAGCCUCAGCCUGACACCAACUGCACCAUUGACCUGGGGAUCAGGAAGAGACCCAGAGAGGGAAAAGGGAGCACCACCUACCUAUGGGAGUUCCUGUUGGAUCUCCUCCAGGACAAGAACACCUGUCCCAGGUACAUCAAGUGGAUGCAGCGGGACAAGGGCAUCUUCAAACUGGUGGACUCCAAGGCGGUGUCCAAACUAUGGGGCAAACACAAGAACAAACCUGACAUGAACUACGAGACCAUGGGCAGGGCACUCAGGUAUUACUACCAGCGGGGGAUCUUAGCCAAGGUGGAGGGUCAGAGACUGGCCUACCAGUUUAAAGACAUGCCCAAGAACAUCAGGGUGAUCGACGAUGACGGGGAGGAGGAGGAGGAGGGGGAACCCUCUGAGCACCACCUUGCGGUCCAGACCCUGACCCUUGACCCUGCCACCUCCACCCAGACACAGCAGAGCUACGUCACCGUCAUCCCCACCGCGUCCGGCAACAGGACCAUGCGUUUGGCCAUGCCCAUGGUCAUGACGACGACGCUGGGUCAGAUGACCCUCAACCCUUCCACCGUCUUCACCACCCAGGCCCCCAUCACCCUGGGCAACGCCCACGCCGGCGGGCCCAAGCUGGUGAUCCAGACCUUACCCACCAUGAUGCCCGCCGGGGCCAAGAGCGGAGAGAAGAUCACCAUCAUCACCAUCCCGGCGGCCCAGCUAGCUCAGCUAACGCAGGGCAACCUCUCAGCCCAGCUCUCAGGCCAGCUAGCUCAGCUCAUACAGGCCAAACCUGUCACCCAGCUCAUACAGGCCAAACCAGUCACCCAGCUCAUACAGGCCAAACCAGUCACCCAGCUCAGUGCAGGCCAAACCAGUCACCCAGCUAGUGCAGGCCAAACCAGUCACCCAGCUAGUGCAGGCCAAACCAGUCACCCAGCUAGUGCAGGCCGAACCAGUCACCCAGCUAGUGCAGGCCGAACCAGUCACCCAGCUAGUGCAGGCUAAACCCGCCACGCUCCAGAUAACGCAGAAACCAGCCCCUCCGCUCAUACUUGCAAAGCCUGUGACGCAGCCCCCCACCCAGCAGCCACCUGUGGCCUCCCCUGUAGGUAAACCCCAGCCCCCUCCCUCCACCAGCAUCACCACCCCUGUACCAACCCCCACUACACCCCCUGUAAAAGAGGCCAUCUCACCCCCCACAGCCCUCCCAGACUCCACCCCGUCCCCCCCUUCAGCGAGCACGGAGCCCUCCCAGUCCAGCCCGAAGGACCCCUCUGCCUCGGAGUCGGCACAGAACCCAGUGGCCCCUGAAUCUUGAGAACUUUAGUCCCAGGGGCCCGAGGGCUACUGACUCCAUAUUGGCACUGUUUGAAGUGGAGUCUUCCCUUCCCAUCCUUCUCUUACUGGGCCGUGGAGCUGUUGGACCAUACAGAGUAGGAGAGCUCUGAACUGGACCUCAGCUAUGGAGCGCCUAGUUACCAGGAAGCUAGUCUUCAAACUGGAGCUGCAGUGCCCUCCGUCCCUCCACAUCAGAAAACCAGGAAGAGACACGAGAGAGGAAAUGGGACUUUGUAUGCAUACUCUUUAGAAGCUUGUUGGAACUCAAACGACGGGCAAGCCUUAGAUUGUACAUCGAAAAUCAUUUUUUAAAAUCAGAAACAUAAUAUAAAGGAAGCCUGGUAAAGGUCUUUGUGUAAAACCUUUUUGAUACUCUGCAGCAGGUUACGUAUGAUGUAUUCUAAGUUCGAUGCAACUGCAGUUAUUUUGUCUCAUAGUUGGAAUCUUUGCUUUGGGUUUUCAUCUGACGUCCCAUUCCCAGUCUGAAUGGCUUUCACACAGUAGUCCCCCACAGCACUGUCCCUACACUCAAUGUUCUUUUGUGUUUUGUUUUUUUUACUGUUCAGGAAUGGGAGCGAAAGGAUGUUUGUGUCAAGAAAAGACGGAUCUAGAUAGUAUAUUACACAUUUAUGCUAUUUUCUUGUACUCUGUAUUGAUGUAGAUUUUACUGAAAUAUGUAUUAUAAAAAAAAAACUAACAUGAA